UCUAGCGGAUAUCGCUCAUAGUAACGAAAUACUAAACAGAUCAGCUGGGUUUGCUCUGGCAUUGUCUUAUCUGCAAAAUAAGUCAAAAUAAUAAUAUUUUAAGAGUGGGGAAAGAAUGUAGAAACAAAAAUAAACAGAUGUGCUAAAACAGUGUUCCUAAAGUUUGUGAAAUUUCACCGUGCAUCGCUUCGCAAAACAUACACAGAAAGUAAUCCGUGAUGCAACCCUUAAUAUCCCCAGUUGAUCAUGAAACCAGAAGGAGUUCAUUUCAACGCGCGGAAGAGGACAGGGUGUUCGAAGAUACCCCGCUUAUAAAUAGAUUCCCAAAUUCACAUCGCAGGGAGAGAUAUUUAUCGACCAUCAUCACUGUGGGCUUCCUACUUGGGAUUCUGUUAGCUGGAUUCAUUAUUGGAGUCUAUUUACUUAUUCUCCAAAGUAAUUCAGAUAAUAUAUUGCCGCCUGUAGAGGAUCCGAUUCCACUCCUCAGUCGAGGUCUCGAAGCGUUUCCGCCUUUUGAAGCACAGAAUGUGGUCGUCCUGCAAACUGAUACAAGACAGUGUGUUAACCGCACUGAUUGUAUAGAUUUACUGACGAAUGACUCUCAAAUGGCAAACCAAACACUUCUCUACAAUUACUUAGUGUCGUCUAAUGGUCUGGUGUUUGAAGCUCUUGGAUGGAAGAAAUCGACAUUGUAUGCCGAGCUUUCGCCUCUGGUGGUGGCGUUUAUAGGUAACUUUGAAGUGGUCGCGCCAUCUAUUCUUCAAAUCGCAGCAGCAAAAAACGUAAUUACAAAUGCAGUGGUUAAAAACCGUUUGAAACCAACAUUUAUUAUUAUCGGGAAAACAAUGAAGUAUCCCCCAAAUAAAUUGUUCGAAGCCCUCUCAAAAUUACCACAAUGGCGGCUGACGUAUAAUUAAAUUAUUUAAAAAUCUGAUUCCCUACUUAGGAAAGUCAAUUCAAAUGUCAUUGUUAUGGCCGAUCUCAAAAGUUUUUACGGCGAUGUUAUUUAGUGGUAAACCUUAAAUUUGCUUGAACGUUUUGUCACAUUUAUUUACUUUUCGAGCUUAAAUAACUAACUUUUUUUAAUGGCUUUAAUUUGUGCCAACUGGGCACAAGGUAAAAUAACUUUUUUUUAAACACGGGUAAUAGACGAAAGAUUCCUUUUUUUUGCUAUGGUAAAGACGUUUAUGUCAAAUUCAGAUUAAAUCUCAUCUCUGAGGUCGUUAGUUCGAUUCCCGUCUGUGCACCAAUGGACUUCUGCUCGUUUAUCAAUCACGUUAGACGAAAACGUCACAAGGAAACCGGCUUGCUUUAGAGCCAAAUGUCGACAUGUGUCAGGCACAGGAGGCCUACUUGUCUGUUGACAAAUGAUCUUAAAACAGAUACAGAAAUCUGAGGCUGAGACCGAAAAAGAUUAUAGCGCCACUGGUCGUGCAAGUGAGGUUGACCUGAAUUUAUUUCUGUUCUCUGUUUACUCCCAUUGUCUGUCACUUUCUAAUUUAUACCAAAAUGAUAAAGACAAAAUAUUCAAGAUACUUUAAGGUAAUGUAUGAAAAAUUUGCUAUAUAAAUUAUUGAGAUUCGCCAUAUAUCUUUGUAUGUGAUAUUAUGUUAAAUGUUAUAUGACUGUUUGAAGUAUAUUAGGUUAGCUGAAAAGUUCGUAGUCUGACACAUAAAUCUAACUCAAAUAGUAGUACAUAAAUGACAAAAAUCCGCACAAUCCGCCACAUAUAUAUAAUACAAUAUAUAAUACAAAUAUGUAAUAAUAGGCAAGUUACAUUCACGCUAUAAAAACACUUUGCCAUCAAAAAUAGCUGGCUUUACUAGUAUUACAUUGAUAUGAGUUUUAGUUAGCCUUAAUCUUAAAAAUACUUGUGUAUAAAUUUGAAAACUGUCAUACUAUUUCUUUUUACUAAUAAAAUAUUACGCUUAAUCCCUUUUUGGCGAAAACAAUACACUAUUCAGACUCUGCAUUAGGAACAUCAACCAUUGAGAAGUAGUUUGCUAAGUUUAAACGAGGCGAGAACUGUGGACGGAGCACCCAAAAGCCUGUUGCCGAUAAUAACAUCAAAAAGCGUUCAAAAUAAUUUUGGAUGAAGGAAACGUGAAGUUGAUGAGGUUAGCUCAUAUCAAAUCAACAUGUUGCUAAAUCCUAUAUGAUAUAGUUUAGAUUGAAAUUCCAUUCAAAGUGGGUGCCGCGCGAGCUUUUUUCUUCUCGAGAUUCUGAUUCGUAAUAAAUCCUCGUUACGCAAAAUUUUUGCGCUGAUUAAGAUAUGCUCGCAGAAGCCUGUUUUGAGGCUUUAUAUAAAUUGCACUAUAGAAAUGGUAUCGAAUAUUGAAUAAUCAAAUCAAAUUCUAUCAAAAAACAAAUCCAAGUUAUCCUACGAAGUUUUCAGUCCACCUGGUAUAUUUCUGUCUUUUUAAUUAUAAGAAAUCUAUAAUAUAAUAAAUAUAUAUCUAAUUGUAAGAAAAUUAUAAAUAAAAAUUAUCUUUGAUUCUUCUUUGACCACCGAAUGCCAACCACCUCAUUAUCUAUUGCGUAUUUAAAGUACUCAUCUAACUCUUUUCAACGCAACUUAAAUACAAUGCGAUUGAAAGAGACGAAAGAGUACUUUUGUUUUUAGAUAAGAUCGCUUUCAUGAUAUGUUAGCUCUUCCGAAGGACUCGGCGCUGUGCAUAAUAUGAUUGUGAUAUUAAUUGUAGCGAAUUCUAUUAAUGAUUCUAUUAUUUUAUGAUUUUUAAAUGAAUUUUCGAAUAUUAUUGUGAUAUUUUCUUAUAUUAAUCCAUGAUACAUGUAUUUAUCAAUCUAAGGUAAUUUUAAUUAUGCGGCUGUAACUUUGUACGGAAAUUUCUAUUUCUCCUAUUGUGUAUAAUAAUAUAAAUGUGCCAAAGUUACAUUUAUUUUAUUGAUGUUAUAAUAAUGUUAAGGCAUAAUCUCGUUAAUAUAAAUGAAUAUAUAUUACUUAAGGAAUAUAUUGAAAUAUAUUAGAAAUAUGUUACUAAUUUUAAGACCACAGAAUAGAUGAAUAAAGCGAAUUAGAGGCUGCACGGCUUUUCAGAGCAGUGUUAGCUUAGACUUGUGUAUACGAUUCUCGUUCCUGAGAUAGUAGCUUCCAAGCAGCUGUGCAUAAUGACUUUGCAUAUCCGCACUAAACACUCGAUCUUUCGGUAAUGGAACAUAUCGACUGCAUGUGAUAGGCACAUGAGGCUGAUCAUAGAUGAAACAAAUAUAGAAAUCUGAGACCAAAAACAAGGAUUGCGCCAUUUUAACAAUUGCAACAUCGUAUGAUUUUUUACGGCAGUAUUUAUCUAUUCUGUGUAAAAAAAUUAAACAACUCGUGUAUUUUCUCGCUCGGGCAAUAAUAGUUAAAAGAAAAUUACAUGAAUAAGUUAGUCUAGAUUAGUUAAACCUCUAUUCAUAAAAAAAUAUUGUACUUAAAUACUCUUUUGUCUCUUUCUUUCUUUGAGAUAAGUUCUAAGAGUGGAAAUACACGGAUUUCUAUGAAUAAGGGGAUUUUUUUUUAAAUUGAAUGUGUAGUAAAAUAUUUGUAAUAAAAAUCAAUGUCUAUUAAUACUGAUAUCGUAUUCACGUAUGAAUAAGCUCGUAUACGCUAAAGCCUCUUGCAGUUAGUACUAUUUAUGAUUAAUGUUGUGUCAAUUGGUGUCUAUUACGUCCGUUUAUGCAUUUUUGAAAUAAUGUAGUUCUGUAUUUAUGGAAAAUAAAUGAUGAUAAAUA